UGCUGGAAUCUAGUCACAUGACUUUCCUGCCACAGCAGUAAAUAGCAGUCGAGCUAGCGGCUAAUGGUAGCAAGCUUCCCUCACUGACAGGGGAAUAGACAUGUUUUGUCAUCUGCUUUUCCCUGGAGAUACAUAACGGUCUGAGGUUUGCAUGCACCUUCUCUUUGGGACUUUUACCUCUACCUUACAGUUGAAUUUAAACGUCUUGUGUACCACGCCUGCCACGACUUAGCUUAGCUAGCUAGGCUACUUCGGCAUCAGGAAGAGGCUCUACUGCCGGAGACUAUGCAAGGGGAUACCGCUGCUCCUCGGACGACCGACCCGGAGGGCAAGCUGGAUGUAUUCCCCCAGAUCAGGACCCCGAGCUCUGGCAGAGCGAGUGCGAAAAGCUGGCAAUAUAGUGAUCACAUGGAGAACAUUGAUGGCUAUUUGAUGAAGUACACCAAUUUAGUAACAGGCUGGCAGUACAGGUUCUUUGUGUUGAAUAAUGAGGCAGGCUUGCUGGAAUACUUUGUCAAUGAGCAAUCACGACCCCAAAAGCCCCGUGGAAUGCUGCCUUUGGCUGGUGCUGUCAUAUCCCCCAGUGAUGAAGACUCUCACACCUUCACUGUUAAUGCCAUCAGCGGAGAGCAGUACAAGCUCAGGGCCACUGAUGCCAAAGAGAGGCAGCAUUGGGUGAGCAGACUACAGAUCUGCACACAGCAUCACACAGAAGCCAUGGGGAAGAGCAAUCCACCGCCCAAGUCCAGAAGCUACUCAAUGGCCUCUCAGGGCAGCGGCAGCUCGCCCAUGUCCGUGCGCCGGCCGAGCCAAAACCCCGGCUCCCUAUUCAACUGGUCCCAGAUCAACAAGAGCUCUGCACUUUACUCUAGCAAGCGGUCCCUGCUGCCUGAUCACUUGGUGGACGCCAGAGAGAUGAUGACUCAAGCGCAGGGCCAGCACCGAGAGUUGAUGCAGAGCAUCGAGGGGCUUCCUGCAGCCCCCGGCCUGUCACCUCUGGAUCAGGACCUGCUGAUGCUGAAGGCCACUUCCAUGGCCACCAUGAACUGCCUGAACGAGUGCCUGCACAUCCUGCACAUCCAGCAGGUGGCCCGACAGAGGAGUGCCCUGGGAGGGCCCACCAUCGAGUGGCUGGAGCCCAAACUGCCUGACAUACUGAAAAACGGUAGCAGUUCGCUGGGCAGCUUCACCACCCAGGAGGAGGCUCUUGAAGGGAACCGCCUGGAGCUCAGCAGCCCAGAGUCCUGCAACUUUUCAGGGGAGCAGGAAGACAUUGAGGCCGAGGAUGAGUUGGAGGACUCCUUCUCAGACAAAGAGGAGGAUCUGGGUGCAGUGGAGGAGGAACGCAGCGUCAUCCUACACCUGCUGUCACAGCUGAAGCUCGGCAUGGACCUCACGCGGGUUGUUCUUCCCACCUUCAUUCUGGAGAAACGCUCGCUGCUGGAAAUGUACGCCGAUUUUAUGUCCCACCCGGAUCUGUUUGUCACUAUCACUGACGGCACCAGCCCAGAGGACCGCAUGGUACGUUUCGUGGAGUACUACCUCACCUCUUUUCACGAGGGCCGCAAAGGCGCCAUCGCCAAAAAACCCUACAACCCCAUCAUUGGUGAGACCUUCCAUUGCUCCUGGAAGGUUCCCAAAAGAGCAGAUUCUUCCAAAGAGCCAUCACAGGAAGCUGCGGAGCCCACCGCCUCCCAGGACUGCUACCAAGUGCGCUUUGUAGCAGAGCAGGUGUCCCACCAUCCUCCUGUUUCAGGCUUUUAUGCAGAGUGUCAGGAGAGGAAAAUGUGUGUGAACACGCACGUGUGGACCAAGAGCAAGUUCAUGGGCAUGUCCAUCGGAGUGUCCAUGAUUGGGGAAGGUUGCCUGUCCCUGCUGGAGCACGAUGAGGAGUACACCUUCACGCUGCCCUGUGCGUACGCCCGCUCCAUCCUCACCGUUCCGUGGGUGGAGCUCGGCGGCAAAGUCAACAUCAACUGCAGCAAGACGGGCUACGCUGCCAUCAUCACCUUCCAGACCAAACCCUUUUAUGGAGGCAAACUACACAAAGUAACCGCAGAGGUGAAGCACAACCCCACCAAUGCCGUGGUUUGCCGGGUGCAAGGCGAGUGGAACGGUGCCCUGGAGUUUAGCUACACAAAUGGAGAGACUAGAGUCGUGGACGUCACCAAACUGCCCGUCACCAGAAAACAGGUCCGCCCCAUUGAGAAGCAAGGACCCACCGAGUCCAGACGCCUCUGGCAGCAUGUCACUGACGCACUGAGGCAGAAGGAAAUAGAGAAAGCUACAGAGCACAAGAGGGUCCUGGAGGAGAGGCAGCGCUCCGAGGAGAGGCACCGAGCCGAGACUGAAACUGCAUGGAGGACCAGAUACUUCAACAAGGAGGGCGACGGCUGGAUCUACCACAAACUGCUAUCAAAAAACUCCGCUUUCAAGUCCUAGUCUUUGUUUAAACUGGAUCGUGGAGGAUGGCGAUGCAGGGACGUGUGUCACGGUGGGGAGGAAACGUGAGCCUGAACUGCGCAGACGCACUGGGAAAUAUGUCGAUGAAGCCUCUGGGUACAAUCUUUUUGUACUGCUGAUUACAUUUUUAUAUAACUGUCUUGUACAGCUGCUCCAUUUACUCCCUCAGCCUUAACACGUUCAGAGGAAACUCACUUGGAUCUAUGUCUCUAAAGCCGAACAUUCAGACAGCAGAACAUGUGUUCAAGUCUGAAAUGGACGAACCAUCCAACUACUAACCUUGGAGCUGUUCUGGGCUUCAUUGAAUAACAUGAGCAAAAGAAUUAACCCGUAAAUAAUCAUGAGCAGGAUUCCUCAGUGUUAUUGUACAGGCCACUAACAUGUCGUCGUGUGUUCAACUUUGACCUGAAGACAAGGUCAUGUUCAACAAUCAAAAAACUGUACCAUGAUCUCAGUGCAAAACCUUCACUUCUGUCACGCUUGUGCCUCAGACUGCAUUUAGCCGAUUGCUGUUUGCGUGAACGCAGUGUUUAGAUUUGCUGUGAAAUGAAACAUAAUAAAUAUGUGAAUGGUUUUAAUCGUUCUCUCUUUUACUGAGGGAUUCCAACUCGAGCCUGCUGUCCUCUCACUGGAGGUGGGCUGAUGAGGCUUCAUGAAACAGUGUCAUAAUUUUCAGAGCCCACCAGAUGGCGCUGUUGGUUUAAAAAUGAUGGGAGGUGUCAUUAAAAUGGUUGUUUAAAUCCAAAGAUUUUAGAGCAGAGAGCGCCAUCUGGUGGCCUCUGAAAAUAAGGACACUGUUUCAUGAAGCCUCGCCAGCCCAUCACAACUUCUCACCUACGACGAUCAGCAACAGAACCACUAAAAUGAAGGAAUAGGAAUCACAUUUAUUUUGUUCCACUAUACACUUUACUGUAGUAUGAAAUCAUGUAUACUAUACAAGAUCACUAGUCAGAAGGUGUCAGAGAAGUUUCUAUUGGGAAAGAAUUACUACUCCAUUGCCAAGUGUAGUAAAAAUACAUUUGACAUGAACUUAAAUCCGAACCUUCUCCCUCUUAUUUGGACCAAUGUUUAUUGCUUUUCAUGAAAGUUGCGUCGCUAUAUUUGUUUUGUUUUGGCUGUUAUUUAUUUUCUUUGAACUGAAGAACACAAUAGCUGGUUGAAUUUAGUAUAAUAGCCAUUACAUAUUGUGUUGUAAUAGCACUUGAGUGACACUUUCUACAGACACCUACAGCCACUGAUCCAUACACACGUUACAUGUAUCGCACUGAUGUAAAAUAAUGGCUCCAUGGCAGGUGGAUCUGCUUUAUUUUGUAUGAAUAUUUGAUGUCCUAUUGACGCCCGCCUUACAUGCAUUUGCUGUCCACUGGGUGGCGCUAGAGUACAGUUGGAAUCUGCCUGCGAAUGCUGCAUGAGCAAGUGUUUUUCAGCAACAUGUAUUUGGUGAUCUACUGCGCUGUGAUGUCAUAGAUUAGCGGGCGACGUCCAACAAAUGCGUCUGGUUUCCCAGGUGUGUGAAGUGUGGAGCCAUGUUUACAGCCGAUUCUCAGCUUGGUUGUGGUCAACGCUUGAGACCUUUUCCGUCAGUGACUGCUUGUUUACAGCCUGAUCAUUUUAAAGCUGUCGACUUCACCCGUGGUUCUCAAUCCAAGUCACAAACAGAACUGAAUUAUCUGGAUCAGCUGCUGACACAGCCCUGCCAUCCUACGCUGCUCCCUCCAUGUUUUGGUGCCUUAUACUGUAUGUAUGUGUGUGUCACACCGACCUGUCCGUCUGUGGCGUGUUGGUAAGGAUUUUUUUUUUUUUCCACUGUAAAUUCACUGUUCUGAUUUCCAUGGGAAUCUUGCUGACACGAAAUGCACUGACAUUGUAGGGAGAAGUAUGUGAUCACCAUCAAAUAAAC